AAAAAAAAAAAAAGUCAGGUAAGAAGGUCACAGAACGUGCAGUAUUUGGAGUGAUGGGGUGAUGGGUGCUCCUCAGAGAGCCGCCUCUUACCUGGGGUAAGCGCUGUGCCCAGCGUGCCAGGCAGAGAAAGAAUCCAGGGUUGCUUAGGAGCAAUGCCCUCGUGCGGGGACCAGGCCGAGUCCAAAGGGCCCACAGCCUCAGGGCCACGGCCCGCCCCAUAUGUCUGUGGCUUUGGGAGGGACCAGUGGAGACUGCGGAGCCCAUGCUCUUGGUCCGGCGAGCUGUGGCCCUGGGCGCCCUCAGGAAGGCGGCCAGCGAGGCCUCUCUUAGGGAGAAGGCCAAGCUGAUCAUGCGGCCCGACGACGCUAACGUGGCUGGCAAUGUGCACGGAGGAACCAUCCUGAAGAUGAUAGAGGAGGCUGGAGCCAUCAUCAGCACCCGGCACUGCAACAGUCAGGACGGGGAGCGCUGCGUGGCCGCCCUGGCCCGGGUCGAGCGCACCGACUUCCUGUCGCCCAUGUGCAUCGGCGAGGUGGCGCACGUCAGCGCGGAGAUCACCUACACGUCCAAGCACUCCGUGGAGGUCCAGGUCCACGUCAUGUCCGAGAACAUCCUCACAGGUAACAAAAAGCUGACCAAUAAAGCCACCCUGUGGUACGUGCCCCUGUCGCUGAAGAAUGUGGACAAGGUCCUGGAGGUGCCACCAGUCGUGUACUCCCGGCAGGAGCAGGAGGAGGAGGGCCGCAAGCGCUACGAGGCCCAGAAGCUGGAGCGCAUGGAGACCAAGGGGAGGAACGGGGACAUCGUCCAGCCUGUCCUGAACCCAGAGCCAAACACGGUCAGCUACAGCCAGUCCAGCUUGAUCCACCUGGUGGGGCCUUCCGACUGCACCCUGCACGGCUUCGUGCACGGAGGUGUCACCAUGAAGCUCAUGGACGAGGUGGCCGGGAUCGUGGCCGCACGUCACUGCAAAACCAACAUCGUCACUGCUUCCGUGGACGCCAUUAACUUCCACGACAAGAUCCGAAAAGGCUGUGUCAUCACCAUCUCCGGCCGCAUGACCUUCACGAGCAACAAGUCCAUGGAGAUCGAGGUCUUGGUGGACGCUGACCCCGUGGUGGACAACUCCCAGAAGCGCUACCGGGCCGCCAGUGCCUUCUUCACCUAUGUGUCCCUGAACCAGGAGGGCAAGUCUCUGCCUGUGCCCCAGCUCCUGCCUGAGACUGAGGACGAGAAGAAGCGCUUCGAGGAGGGCAAAGGGCGGUACCUGCAGAUGAAGGCGAAACGGCAGGGCCAGGUGGAGCCGCAGCCCUAGACGCCCCCCUCCUGCCGCUGGGGCCUGGAGCUGCCCCCAGUGUUUGAUCGCUUAGAGUUACCCCUUGGCCAAGAACCCCAGUCACGUUGACAGCUGGUGUUGUGUGAAGUAUUGUCUCGCAGUGUUAUUUAACCUGUUAUUUAAUCCUGAGAACCUGUACACACCAAAGCUUUCUUUCUAUCAUUCCAGUGUAAAUGCUACACGGUAUUGUCCUGGCGCCCCGAGGCGCUCCCUGCGGAGUCCGGGGCACACACUGUACGGUGUGUAAAGAAUCCAGCAUCACUAAUAAAGCUGCUGUUUGGCUGGA